AUGAAAUCCCUGAAAAUGGACAUGAACAUGACUUUCCACAUGCCGGAAGAGGAAAAACUACUGGAAGGGGUCGAAAAAGCUGUCACUGACGACGAAGAACCAUUCCAGGAAGUUAGACGUAGGAAACACAAAAAAGCUGGUAAACCCUUGGAGACUAUUGUUGGCAGUCUGGAAGACUCCCAAAUUAAAGGAAUGACUAGACUGACCUUUUUGCAUGUCUACAAAAUGGAGCCAGAAACAACCUCAGAAGCACUGAUUUCGUUUCUCUAG